GCUUCUAAAUUUGGUCAAAGAAGUCAUACAACAGCCUUGUUCUUAGAGCUGGAACGGGAGUGCUCAGCGGACGCUACCUCUCAAUUCCAUGGGAUCGAGCUUUGCUGUCUCAGAAUAUGCAAAAUGGACACCAACAAUAUAGCUAUACCUUUCUAAAAUAGAGUUCGACUGACAAGAAGACUGGCUUAUUAUAAAGCAAAUAAUGAAGCACGCGGAAUAAUAAAAAUUAAUGCAGAUAUAUUAUAAAUAGUGACAAAGAAACGGAAGAACAUUCAGCAGGACAUAAGGAUUACUUUUUAAGACCGACAAAGAAUUUUUAAGGGGGUUGGAAUCCCUCAAGAUUUUUUUUUACUACCCAAAUCAAUUGCAGCGUAGCAACACUACAGCACGGUAGCUAAUAGGGGCGCUCGCUAGGACACUGUCGACUGUGUGAAUCGCUGCUGGAAAACUUUGGCUUCUUACAGAAAUGUAAUGCGCCGUCCGUGAGACAUUUCAGCGGAAGAAUGUCGCGCCGUCCUUCGCGAAGAGACACCGCCGUAGGAUACAGUGUACUGCCUGGGAAAGUGUAGGGCAGAUCGCACUUAGCCAGCUAGCUAAAGCGAGAGAGCCCGGUGUCAGCGAGCUAAAGCCGUGAAAUUUAUGCGCACUCGGCGCAUGUGAUCGCCCUGCUCCCCCCUCAUCUCUUUCUUUUUCGCGUAUUGUUGUGGAAAUAAAAAAGAUAUUUUGAUGAUUCGAGAUCUGAGCAAGAUGUACCCGCAGGCACGGCAUCCGGCUCCUCACCAACCUGCCCAGCCUUUCAAAUUUACCAUAUCGGAGUCCUGCGACCGUAUUAAAGAGGAGUUCCAGUUUCUGCAGGCUCAGUACCACAGCCUGAAGCUGGAGUGUGAAAAACUGGCCAGCGAGAAGACGGAGAUGCAGAGACACUACGUCAUGUACUAUGAGAUGUCCUAUGGGCUCAACAUCGAAAUGCACAAACAGGCAGAAAUCGUCAAGAGACUGAAUGCCAUCUGUGCUCAGGUGAUACCAUUUCUCUCACAGGAGCAUCAGCAGCAGGUGGUACAGGCCGUGGAGCGCGCCAAGCAGGUGACCAUGGCCGAGCUCAACGCCAUCAUCGGGCAGCAGCAGCUCCAGGCUCAGCACCUCUCUCAUGGACACGCCCUGCCCGUGCCCCUCACCCCCCACCCCGCUGGCCUACAGCCGCCCACCCUCCCGCCCGUGGGAGGCAGUGCCAGCCUGCUUGCCCUGUCCAGUGCCCUCAGCGGCCACCCGCAGCUGCCAAUCAAAGAUGAGAAGAAACACCAUGACAAUGAACACCAAAGAGACAGAGACUCCGUGAAGAGCUCCUCUGUGUCGCCGUCGGCCAGCUUCCGAGCUUCGGAGAAGCACCGCAACUCCACUGACUACUCAUCCGAGAGUAAGAAGCAGAAGACUGAGGACAAGGACCUGGCAACCCGCUAUGACAGCGACGGGGAGAAGAGCGAUGACAACCUGGUGGUGGACGUGUCCAAUGAGGACCCUGCAUCCCCGCGAGGGAGUCCUGCCCACUCCCCCAGGGAAAAUGGAUUGGACAAGAGUCGGCUGAUGAAGAAGGACGCGCCCAUCAGUCCCGCCUCCAUUGCCUCCUCCAGUAGCACACCCUCUUCUAAAUCCAAAGAGCUCAGCCUGAACGAGAAGUCCACUACCCCUGUGUCCAAGUCCAGCACUCCUACCCCACGGUCUGAUGCCACUACCCCAGGGAGCAACUCCGCCAGCGGCCUGAGGGGGUUACCAGGGAAACCCCCGGGGGUAGAUCCUCUGGUGCCUGGCCUCCGUACCCCGAUGGCUGUGCCCUGCCCCUACCCCGCUCCCUUUGGCAUAGUGCCCCAUGCCGGCAUGAAUGGGGACCUGACCAGCCCGGGGGCCGCCUACGCCGGCCUCCACAGCAUCUCUCCUCAGAUGAGCGCAGCGGCGGCAGCGGCAGCUGCAGCGGCAGCCUAUGGCCGCUCACAAGUGGUUGGCUUUGACCCGCAUCAUCACAUGCGUGUUCCCGGCAUUCCUCCCAAUCUCUCCGGCAUCCCAGGCGGAAAACCGGCCUACUCCUUCCACGUCAGCGCCGACGGGCAGAUGCAGCCCGUGCCCUUCCCCCCCGACGCCCUGAUUGGCCCAGGCAUCCCACGGCACGCCCGGCAGAUCAACACGCUGAGCCACGGCGAGGUGGUGUGCGCCGUCACCAUCAGCAACCCCACCCGGCACGUCUACACGGGUGGCAAGGGCUGCGUCAAGGUCUGGGACAUCAGUCACCCUGGCAACAAGAGCCCCGUGUCCCAGCUCGACUGCCUGAACAGGGAUAACUACAUCCGGUCCUGCCGACUCCUUCCCGACGGCCGCACCCUGAUCGUGGGCGGCGAGGCCAGCACCCUGUCCAUCUGGGACCUGGCCGCCCCCACCCCGCGCAUCAAGGCGGAGCUCACGUCCUCGGCGCCCGCCUGCUACGCCUUGGCCAUCAGCCCCGACUCCAAAGUCUGCUUCUCCUGCUGCAGCGACGGCAACAUCGCCGUGUGGGACCUGCACAACCAGACCCUGGUCAGGCAGUUCCAGGGCCACACGGACGGAGCCAGCUGCAUCGACAUUUCCAACGACGGCACCAAGCUGUGGACGGGCGGCCUGGACAACACGGUGCGCUCCUGGGACCUGAGGGAGGGCCGGCAGCUCCAGCAGCACGACUUCACCUCCCAGAUCUUCUCCCUGGGCUACUGUCCCACCGGCGAGUGGCUGGCCGUGGGCAUGGAGAACAGCAACGUGGAGGUCCUGCACGUCACCAAGCCGGACAAAUACCAGCUGCACCUGCACGAGAGCUGCGUGCUGUCCCUCAAGUUCGCCCACUGUGGUAAAUGGUUUGUUAGCACUGGGAAGGACAACCUCCUUAAUGCCUGGAGGACACCGUAUGGAGCCAGUAUAUUCCAGUCCAAGGAGUCGUCCUCCGUGCUGAGCUGUGACAUCUCCGUCGAUGACAAAUACAUCGUCACGGGCUCCGGGGACAAGAAAGCCACAGUCUAUGAAGUUAUUUAUUAGACAGGCAGGGAGGUGGGGCUGGGGGG